CACAGCUGCUCAGUGAAGAAAAUGGUGUCCCUCCUUUUGUGUGUCGCUUCUUUAUGUACGUUACUGCAAACUGUGAGCCCCUCUGGAUGGAAUUCUGACCUCCAGGUGCAAGAAUCAAGGAACUACUUAUCCGACGCCAGAGUAAAAAAUAUCCAAGAUCUUCUACUUCUGCAUGAUAAUUAUGAACAAAAUCAACCUCACAAUCCACAGAGAAAUUUGGAAAAUCUUGAGAACAGGCCCCAGCAACACAAGAGGACCCCAGCAUACAGGCCAGAAUAUCCUACGAGUGAUCUGUCUAAGUACAGACAGCAUCAAACGCAAGGAUAUGAAAUUUAUGAAGAGACUGAUCUUCCUAGCACUAUUGUACAGCAAAACUCAUUCCGGGAGCAUAGCAGCGGAAAGACACAGUUGUUGGAUCCUGCUGUAUCUGAAGGGAGCGUGAAUUAUCAGAAAAUGAAGUCUACAGUGCAUCAGAGUCUUCACAGAAAACCAACAGGCGGUCUGUCAGUAACCGAAGGUUUAUCAAGCUACCCUUAUAUGAUUGUAAGACCACAAGGAGAUGUGGGAAACCACAAAAGGAGAUUGGCUGUGCCUGGAGUCAUGCUGGCAUACCAGACCACUCCGACAACAUUUCAAGGGAGCUCAGGUGUUCUGCCCCCCAACUCCCACGCGUCUCUCGGUCAGUACGUUCACAAAAUGCAAUUUCUAACUUGCACAGAUGCCAGGGGGCACCAAAUAAGGGUCAAUCCUUCUACUGCUCUCCUGUUAGCCUCUUCUCUUAACCAGAUACCAAUUAUUCCAACACAAUAAUUACGGAGGGACACAGACUGAGAGUAUUUGAGAACAGGGUGCUGAGGAGAAUAUUUGG